CAGUCCUCGAAAACCCACGUCAGACCAACCCUCUAUCUCCUCCAUAAAUGCUCUCCUCGAAGCCUCUGAUAUAUAAAGCCUGGACCCAAGUAAACUUGGCUUCACAAAACAAUCGCUUCCGAAAUCAGCCCUUUCAAUGAAGUUCUUCUCGGAACUGGGGUCGUGCUGCCGAGCUCCAGCGCCGGAGCCGGAGACAGAGGUCUCGUCGGGGCUGCUGACAAACGUGGGUCGUGUGUCGGGCCCGAAAAGCAGCACUAAAAGGCGCUCCUCUGGGCAGUGGAGGCCGGGGCUUUCAAUGAUUUCGGAAGACGGCGUCGCUUCGGCGGCGGAGAGAAGGCGUGAGAGGGUGGCGGGAUCUGAGAAGAAGGCGUCUCAGGAAGGUGGAUCGAGGGGCAGGGUUCGCCGGACUAGCGACAGCGAGGAGUACAGUAAAUUGCAGCUCCAGAUGAUCAUUCCGGCUUUCUCGCCAACGCCAUUCUUGUUUUGAGUUUUUUUUUUCUUUUCUUUUGGCUUUUAUUUUUAUGUUUUUAUGUUUUUUUUUCCUUUUUUUUAUGUUGUUCAUCACAAUCUUGUACAUUGAUAUUCCAAAUAAUGAAAGUGAAUAUUAUCAAGCUUA